UUUUUGUUUCCAUUUGUAGAACAUGUACGUGGCAAUCUGAGUUCCAUGAAAAAUUGUAGAGUACCUUAUUUAUGCUACCGUUCCAUGCAAAUAUAGAAUUAAUUAAGCUAUCAACCUUAUCAGUUACUUAAAUGUGUAUCAUUGGAACAAAAGUAUUACGAGUUGUAUGAAUGUGAUGUGGCACAUUGGAACCCACUAAAUGAGAGAUAAGCUACCUAAAAUGAGUUAGUUAGAUUAUGUUGAUUGAAGAUUCUCUUAGAAAAUAACAGGCAAGGAAAAACAAACACAUUUCAACAAAACCCUAUAAACCCUCGAAGGGAGCUUCUUUCCUUCCAAUGGCGGCUGACGGUCUUCCGCCGGAAAUACUCGCCGAAAUCUUCUCCCACUUACCAGUAAAAUCACUUCUCCGAUUCCGAUCAACUUCAAAAUCACUUAAAUCUUUAAUAGAUUCUCACAACUUCAUCAACCUUCACCUCAAAAAUAAUUCCCUCAAUCGAUCCUUAAUCCUUCAUUACAAAUCCGAACUCUACCAAAUCGAUGAUUUCCCUGACCUAACGAAAUCCAUGAUUCCACUCAACCAUCCUUUCAACACAGCUCCUGUCACGUAUAACAGCAUAAUGGCUCUUCUCGGUUCAUGUAACGGCCUUCUCGCCAUUUCCAAUGGUCAAAUCGCUUUCAUGCAUCCUUACGGCGCCAACGAAAUCACAAUCUGGAACCCUAACACCCGUAAACAUCGUAUUAUCCCUUUCCUUCCUCUUGCUAUCCCUAACAUUCUUGAAUCUGACAAACCCAAUCGCGGCGGUAUAUGCGUUCACGGCUUCGGUUUUGAUCCAUCAACAGGUGAUUACAAACUCCUCAGAAUUUCUUGGAUGGCCGAUGGUCAUUGCUCUUUUUAUGAUUCACAUGUCAGUCUCUUUAGCUUGAAAACAAACUCGUGGAAAACAAUUCCCAGUAUGCCGUACGCUCUUCAAUAUGUUCAAGCCAUGGGGGUUUUUGUUCAGAAUUCUCUUCACUGGGUAAUGACUCAGCAAAGUGAAGAGUCACACCCUUGUUUCAUUGUCGCGUUUAACCUAACACUUGAGAUUUUCAAUGUGGUUCCUCUUCCUGCUGAAAUAGAAAGUAUAGAGGUUAAUAGUGAGUGUGAGAGUUUUCAAAUUGCUGUUGCUGUUUUGGGAGGGUGUCUUUGUAUGAUUUUGAAUUAUCAAACUACUAAAACUGAUGUUUGGGUGAUGAAAGACUAUGGAUCUAGUUGGUGUAAACUUUUUACUUUGGUUAAUUCAUGUUUCACUUUAUCUUUGAAUUUUUUGAAGCCUUUAGGUUAUUCUAGUGACGGAAGUAAGGUUCUAUUGGAAAUAGAUUGUAAGAAGCUGUUUUGGUGUGACUUGAUGAGUGAACAAGUUAUUUAUGUUGAAGGAAUUUCUAAUUUGGAUGAAGCUAUGAUUUGUGUUGAAAGUCUUGUACCACCUUCCUUCCCUGUUGAUUAUUGUAGGAAGAAGGAGAAUCAUACAAGCAAGAACAAGAGAAGGGACGACUUCUUGUCCCGAGGAUUUAAAUUGAGAUUGUAAGGGAUGGAGGGACCUGUGAUGUGUAGCAGCUGAAACAUGAUGCUCAACUUGUUUCUUGUGAUGGAAUUAGUCUGCUUGGUUUGUGGGAAUGGUUGAAUUGAUAAUGAAUGGAGCUGCACUCAUUUUUUCUCUCUUCUUGGAUUGUAUGUCUGAGAUCACACUUAUCCCUCUUUUGUAAAAAUAUGACAUUAGGGUAUUUAGAAUUUGAUGAUGAAUCCUCUCUCCCUCUGGCCUUUCUAAAAGGAUCUGCUGCUUGUCUUUUAAUUCUAGCACCGUUGAGAAAAUAUGGAAGCACAGUGAGGUUGGUUAUUGUAUGAAAAGUAUGUUCUAUUUCAAUUAUCUCUAAAUUUGAAACUCUUAAAAACAUGCUUAUGAAAGCACAUUGAGGUUGGUUAUUGUAUGAAAAGUAUUGCUCCUUUCGUUGUGUU